GCGACGUCAUACUCUCCCGGAAGGUCUAACGCGCAAAACGACUGCGUAAAAUACAGUUUUUCACACAUUUUCUUUAAAUUAUCUCAAAACUGCAGUGAAAAAAAGCUACCUGGGUGUUUAACCUUUCCAAUGGCAUUGCACAUUCGGAAAAUUAUUUUUCCAUUUGCCAGGAAUACCACUCUGAGAUCCCUGAGGUAUUUUGCAUCAGAAAAUGCCAAAAUAGAUCCCAAUUCUGCCCUCAAAUUGACAGAUUCGUGUGUAAAGAGACUGCGAGAGAUCUGCAUAGAUGGUUCAUUUCUCAGGGUGUCUGUUGAUGGUGGUGGAUGUUCAGGUUUUCAGUACAAAUUCGACUUCGAUACCAAGCUCAACAAUGAUGAUAUUGUCUUUGGACCAAAGGAGGCGAGAGUUGUUAUUGACAAUGUCUCCCUGGAUUACUGCGCCGGAACGACACUGGACUACAAAGAGGAAUUAAUAAGGGCUGGUUUUGUGAUGGAGGGCAAUCCAAAGGCAGAAGAGGGAUGUUCCUGUGGAGCCUCAUUCUCAAUUAAAAUUGACUAGAAAUUUUGUGAUAAAGCAAUAAAAUCUUAUUAUAUAAU